GGGGUGGUUCUGUACCGGGAGCUCCGUGCUGUGUGCGGGAGGAAGGAGGCUGAGAUCGCCCUUUUAGCCUCCCGCACCUACGCCAGGCUGCUGUGAGCAGGGUCAGCUUGUCUCUUAAAUCCUGCCCAGCCCUGGUGGAGCUCCGGUGGGGAGAACUGCCACAGAAAGGGAAGUUUGUUUCUUUCGGAGCCCCAAACCGUUGCCGCUCUCCAAGCCCUCGUUUGGGCUAUUACUCAUGCGUUGCCACAUCAGUUCUUGUCGUGGCUCUGGAGGUGCCAGUGCAAAGAUCAGGUAAUAAGCUCCUGCUAGACUGUCCGCAGCUGCUCACCUGUCCCUGCAAUACCUUUCCAUUCGCAGGAGCACGGUGCUGGGCCAUUCUGUCACUGACAACAACUGCUUGGUACCAACGGCCUUGUUGUGUCAGAGCUGGUGAAUAUUUUGCUAUGAAAAGGAGAAGAGGGCUUCUGUUUUCAGGACAGGUCCCUAAUCACUCCCCUGCCCAGGCUCCAUGGAGCGCUCUGCCACCUAGACGGCUGCUUGCAGAAGGGGAUGGGUCAGGAGGAGGUUAAUGUGGAAACAAACUGUAUCUUUGGCUUCAGCUCCCCUUUGAUCUUUUGCUCUCAGCCCUGCAAACUCCCAGGUCAAAAAGUGGCAGGGCACAGACUGCGUUCUGCUGUGAAAGAUCCCCAGAAGGUUUGUCCUUUGGGCUUCUGUGUCCAAGAAAAUUUCAUCAGAGUGGCAGAGCUGGAGCUCCCAAGCUAGGCAGCACUGCUGGUAGGCUCAUCCUUUUGCCAGAGAUCCUACAGUUUUUGGCUGAACAGCAGUGAGGAAUAUUACUUUUAGUUUCUAAAACCACAGAACUUGUUUAACGGUGUUCUAGAAGAAUGUGCUUUGCUUCAGGUGUGUAUGAAUACGCCAUUGUACAGAUGAUUAACUGUGGUUAGAGAGGGUAUCUUCUCUUGUCACAUGGAAAAACAAAUAACGUGAUAUGUGCCCAGACAUUGGCAAUGUGCCAAAUCAUCCUCAUAACUAAGGGCUAUUUUUUUCCCUUCCUCAGCCAUAAACAUGAGUUCAGCAGGGAGGAGAAGAGGAAAGCCCAACAGAGGAGGAGGAAGAGGGAGAGGAGGCAGUGGAAGAGGAAGAGGAGGUGGCAGCAGUGGCCAUUCAAACAAGUCUCAACUUGGUAGAAAUAGGAAAUGUUCAACCAAAAUCUGGGAUGAUGGAGAUGACUUUUGUCUCUUCGAGGAACCAAGAUCAAAUGCCUCUGCCAGAAGAGGAGGGCAAAAACAACAGAGACCUGAAGCAAGAAUGCCUCUGCAGACCAUACAUAUGACAUCAGAGAAUCAGAGAAGAGUGAAGGAACUUCUUCAAGAGCUUCAAGGGCAGGAGCUGGCUCCUGAAUCAGAAGUAGCUGGUUCUGGUGAAGAUGAUGAUGAACCUGAUUACCUUGAUGAUGAACAGUGCUGGUCAACAGACCUGGAAGUUUCUGACAUAAUACCAAGGUCAUCUGCUGAGCCAGCUGAGGACAGAAUUGUGGAAAGUGAAGUGUCUUCAUUUGCUGUGCACAAACUCUCCAGGUAUGGUUUUGACAGUGAGCGUUGUAGGAGAAUACUGAGAUCCUGCAAUGGUAAUAUUGGGGCAUCACUGGAGUAUUUGCUAUUGCAGUGCUUUACCGAAAGAUAUGGAGAGAAGGUGCAGGUUUUUCCAACAGCUGCUGAAGCCAGUCAAGAAGAAUGUUUAGAACAGAGACAAGAAGAGGCUUUUGCCCUCCGCUCAAUCUAUGGAGAAAAAUUUGUAGAAAGAAUUCAAAACCGUGUUUGGACUUUUAGUUUGGAAUUGGAGUACCUAGAAAACAGGCUCAGCAAAUCUAAACAAAAGGGUAGUUGUUCUAGGGAUGCAGCAAAGCAGACUUCAAAGGAAAUAUGUAAAUUUUAUCUUCAAAGAGGCUGCAGGUUUGGUUCAAAAUGUAGGUUUGGACAUGAAUUCCCUCCAAACCACUCACUGAAACCAGCCAGGAACUCUGUAGAUGAUGCUCAUCUCAGACCUAACAGUGAUGGUCCCGUAUAUGAACUUGAAGUAAGAUUUCCUGAAGAAAACAAGUAUCCACUCCAGGCACCUCUUGUGGCAUUUUAUUCCACCAAUGAGAAUCUACCUCUUGCUUGUCGUUUACACAUUGCUGAAUUCCUCUAUGGAAAGGCCUUGAUAGCUGCAGAGUCUAAUGAGCCAGUGGUGUACACCUUAGUGGCUUGCUUAGAAGAUGGAUCUGAAAUAAGUGAAUUACUUAAAAAUACUCACCACAAGUAUAGUGUUCCUCCUGUGUCCCUGCUGGCAACACCUUCGGUAAAGCUACAGACAGAGGGUACAUCUGGUUCAACUCAAAUGUCUGAAGCCUCGACAGUGUCGGAGCCUCAGGAAGAAGAAGAGGUGGCAGAAGAGGAGGAAGAUGAUGAGCCUGAACAAGUUGUUGUGGAGAAUGAGAGUUAUGUGAACCUCAAGAAAAAGCUUUCCAAAAAAUAUGAUGUGCAAGCAAAGUCUCUGUAUAAUGAAAAUGUUAAAAUCUGCAGGCAAUUUCGGCUGAAGAAGUCUUCUAGGCAUUUCCAGUCCAUGUUGUAUGAAAGACAGAAGCUCCCUGCAUGGCAAGAGAGAGAAACUAUUCUUGAUUUGCUGAAGAGGCACCAAGUUCUUGUUGUGAGCGGCAUGACGGGAUGUGGGAAAACUACUCAGAUUCCUCAGUUUAUUUUGGACGCUUCAUUGCAAGGAUCUCCAAGCAGAGUUGCAAACAUCAUCUGCACUCAGCCUCGCAGAAUCUCUGCUAUUUCUGUGGCUGAACGUGUAGCCAAAGAAAGAACAGAAAGGAUUGGACUCACUGUUGGAUAUCAGAUCCGUCUAGAAAGUGUAAAGUCCUCAGCUACCAGACUCUUGUACUGCACUACAGGUGUGCUGUUGAGAAGGCUGGAAGGAGAUCUGACUUUGCAGGGAGUCACACAUGUUAUUGUUGAUGAAGUUCACGAAAGAACAGAAGAAAGUGACUUCUUGCUGCUGGUUUUGAAGGACAUAAUGGUUCAGAGGCCAGACCUAUGCAUUAUACUAAUGAGUGCCACCUUGAAUGCAGAGCUUUUUUCUGAAUACUUUCACUCCUGUCCAAUUAUUAACAUACCAGGUCGAACAUUUCCUGUGGAUCAGUUUUUUCUGGAAGAUGUGAUUGCAAUGACAAGGUAUGUUUUAGAGGACAGUAGUCCCUACAAGCGUAAGACAAAGCAAGAAAACAAACAGAAUGGAAGACACAAAAGAACUGCAUUUGAAGAAGUAGAGGAGGACCUGAGACGUGCUGGCAUUCUGGAAAGCACUGACACAGUUGUCAGAGAUUCAGACCCAGACCAAAAAUUAACCCUGAAGCAGCUUCUUACACGAUACAAAGGGGUUAACAAGACAGUGUUGAAAACGAUGUCUGUCAUGGACUUGGACAAAGUUAAUCUGGAAUUAAUUGAAGCCUUGCUGGAGUGGAUAGUUGCUGGCAAACAUUCCUACCCCCCAGGUGCCGUGUUGAUAUUUUUGCCUGGUCUAGCAGAAAUCAAGAUGCUUUAUGAGCAGCUCCAGUCUAAUGCUCUUUUUAAUAACAGGCACAGCAAGAGGUGUGUUGUUUAUCCACUUCAUUCUUCACUGUCUAGUGAAGAACAGCAGUCUGUGUUCCUCAGGCCUCCUGCAGGAGUUAUCAAAAUCAUCAUCUCUACAAACAUUGCAGAAACAUCUGUUACCAUUGAUGAUGUGGUCUAUGUGAUUGAUUCUGGAAAAAUGAAAGAGAAAAGAUACGACCCAAGCAAAGGAAUGGAAAGUCUGGAAGACACAUUUGUGUCCAAGGCCAGCGCUCUGCAAAGGAAAGGGCGAGCAGGCCGUGUAGCCUCAGGCGUCUGCUUUCAUCUUUUCAGUAGCCAUCACUAUAACCAUCAGCUUAUAAAACAACAGUUACCAGAAAUACAAAGAGUGCCCUUGGAGCAGCUUUGUCUAAGAAUUAAGAUUCUGGAGAUGUUUUCUGCACAGAGUCUUCACUCUGUCUUAUCACGACUAAUUGAGCCCCCUAGAACUGAGUCUUUGCGAGCGUCAAAGCUGCGACUACAAGACUUGGGAGCAUUGACCCCAGAUGAAAAGCUCACCCCUCUGGGUUAUCACUUGGCUUCUCUGCCUGUUGAUGUCAGGAUUGGCAAGCUAAUGCUGUUUGGCACCAUCUUCCGCUGCCUGGAUCCUGCACUAACUAUAGCAGCCAGUCUGGCCUUCAAGUCGCCUUUUGUGUCACCAUGGGAUAAAAGGGAAGAAGCAAACAAAAAGAAGUUGGAGUUUGCAGUAGGAAACAGUGACUACCUGGCUCUUCUCCAGGCCUACAAGGGAUGGUGUCUAAGUAUCAAAGAGGGCUCUCAGGCAAGCUACAACUACUGCAAGGAGAACUUUCUGUCAGGAAGAGUUCUUCAGGAAAUUGCCAGCUUGAAACGGCAAUUCACAGAACUGCUUUCUGACAUUGGGUUUGUGAAGGAGGGGUUAAGAGCCAGGGAUAUUGAGAAGAAGUGGUCCCAAGGAGGCGAUGGCGUGUUGGAUGCCACAGGAGAGGAGGCAAAUUCGAAUGCAGAGAACAUCAAGCUGAUCUCAGCUAUGUUGUGUGCUGCACUGUAUCCCAAUGUUGUCCAGGUGAAAAAGCCAGAGGGCAAAUACCAGAAAACAAGUACCGGAGCAGUCAAAAUGCAACCAAAAGCGGAAGAGCUGAAGUUUAUUACCAAAAAUGAUGGUUAUGUUCACAUUCACCCUUCAUCUGUGAAUUAUCAGACGAGGCACUUCGAGAGCCCCUACCUGGUGUAUCAUGAGAAAAUCAAGACCAGCCGUGUGUUCAUUCGAGACUGCAGUAUGGUGUCAGUGUACCCGCUGGUCCUGCUUGGAGGUGGGCAGGUUCACAUGCAGCUGCAGAAGGGCGAAUUUGUCAUCUCUCUUGAUGAUGGAUGGAUACGGUUUGUGGCCGCCUCUCACCAGGUCGCUGAGCUGGUGAAGGAGCUGCGCUGUGAACUGGACCAGCUGCUGCAGGACAAAAUCAAGAAUCCCAGCAUGGAUUUAUGCAUGUGCCCCCGUGGAUCUCGGAUCAUUGGGAUGAUUGUAAAGCUUGUGACCACCCAGUAACUUGAGAACAGCUUUCUAUAAAGACUGUUUGCUACUGUCUGAGAACAGAGCAAGUAACAUCAAUGUUUUGUGUAUUUGGUGUCCCAAAACAUGGCACUGCCCUCUGGAAGACCAAGAUGGCAACUGCACUAUUGACAGAUUUUGGGUUGGUGUUUGGGGGUUUUUUGGGGUGGUUUGGGUGAUUUUUGUUUUGGUUUUGGUUUUUUGUUUUCUUCCCUUUGUUUGCAGAGCACUUGCUUGUUGAAAGUAAGGUGGCUUACAGUACACUCUGGGAAAUGCGAAAAUGACAAAUCUCCCGGGAAGAACAGAAAUGCCAAGAAACAAAGUGUUUUUACAUGAGGCUGUACACUGGCCCAGUGUUUUCUGGUCACAGAAAUACCUGCCACCUAGCUGCUUCUUGUAUUAGUAGUGUGUGGAGGCAGCAUGUGACAUCACAAGCUGCUCCCAAAUUGGUUUAAACUCACUUCUGCAUUUUGGCCAAGACUUUACUGAGAUAGUCAGACUUGGCUGACCAGGGAUCAGUUUGCUUAUGGUUCAACCCAAGGCCCUUUAGAAGGUGAGCUCCUUUUGAUUCCUGUCAGGGGCUUCUGAAAUGGAGUUGAGUGUCUGCUGGCAACAAGGCUGUACUGAUCAGUUGGAGCAAUGUGUUGGCUCAGUGCAGCCUGUGCUGGUUACAGUGUAAAACUGCAGGAGCAUGUGCGUGCUUUCCCAAAAGCCAAGCUUGCACAGCCUUGGGCUGUGAAAAAGUAAACCAGAUGAGAUGGACUGAUGCAGGGCAUUAAAGGCGAUCCUUGGGUGGAUGGUGUUGCUCACUGGUAGGUGGUAGUCAUCCUGCCACCCUGUACAGCUGGAAGGAAGCCCCACUUUUGGAAACUCUUAGCCAAAGUCCUGCUCUGGGGUGCGGACUGCUACAGAAGUGUGGUAAAAUGGCGCAGUAAUAAUGAACUGUUACUUUCCCCUUCAACAUUGCUUAAUUGCAGUGCUGAGCAUUGCCACAGCUGAGCUGCUUCAUAUGCUAGCACUUGCUAGUAUAAUAGUAAGUAAGUGCCUUAAGUGAAAAUAACUUUGAUAUCAUCUAGAAUAGUAAAACCAGGUUUAAAAACUGACUCUACCACCAGCCCUGCCUAGAAAUAACAGGCUGAGAACUCAUAAGCAGAGGGAGGCACAGCAUUUGAAGACUAGUUCAAUUUGAAAAAAGGAACUAAAACCACCAACCACCCCCAAAACAAAUCACACCAGAGUCAGUUUCACAGCACUACACCCUUGCAUGAGGCAGAGGACAGGCACUAGAGUGGCCUCUGCAGUUAUGGUGAACUGCAGAAGGCUAAACUGUUGCCAUCGCUUAAUGUUGGCCAAUAGUAGCACCACACUCUUGUAACUGGACACUUGGGGGGGGUUGGGGUUUCUUUUUUGUUUUGGUGUGGGGUUCCCCCAGGUUUAAUGAAGACCUGUGACAGCCUAGACAUCUUGGGGCAGGGCACGAAGGCACUGUAGAGGCAUAUGGCACGUGUUGUCAGCCAUUAGCUCUGUGUCAAGCUGGAAUGUUAGAUAUGGCAUUGCUUCUGCAUGUGCCUGCCAGUAAGGGAAAGCAAAUACUGUUUUUGUUCAGGUUGGCUGGGGUGUAAAAAGGGAAGCUUCCCUUCUUUUUUUUUUUUACACCUCAGGCUUCGAUACACUUUCAAAGUGGCACCCCCUUGAAUAAAUGGCAUCUCAACCAUCA